AGGAGGACAGCCAGUACAAACCUACAGAUGGCUCCUCGACUUAUGACAACUGCAUUAUGAAUGUUGAACAAAGUGGAUUUUAUAUAAAUGACCCAAACAACGAAACCCCAGACAGUUAUCCUUCAAGCAAUGACGGCCAAACAUUCAAGAUGGAGCCACUGAGCGAUGGCAGCGACUGCGACGAAACCACCAGCCACGUCAAAAGAACCAACAUAGUCAUUACAGCAUUUAUCUGUGAUCGGUGCAAGCAAAUCUUUGGCUCAGAGAAAAUACUGUUAGAACACCACUCCCAAUGCAAAGUGAAUCCGAGAACACUGGCUGGUAAUUUGAACAUAAACGACCCUAGAAAACUGUGGAAGAAACAAUUCAAGACAUCAGCGAAGCCGAAGAAGAUUAUCGAGUGUGAAAUAUGUCAGAAACGAUUCCGGCAAAUAGCCGACUUGACUAACCACAUGCGAUCGCACACGGGCGAGAAGCCGUUCCUGUGUGAAGUGUGCCAGAGAACCUUCAGCCAACAGUCUAACUUGAAGGUCCACAUGAGAGUCCACUCCAACGAGAGACCGUUCGAGUGCGAUGUUUGCGACAAACGAUUCACGCUAAUGACCCACAAAGUCAUCCACAUGAAAUCGCACACGAUUGAAAGGCCACACGAGUGUGAAAUGUGCAAGAAAAGGUUUGCUCACUUGUCCGCUAAGAUUACGCACAUGAAAUCUCAUACCGGCGAGAAGCCGAACAAGUGUGAUUCGUGCGAUAAAGGAUUCACGACGGUGGGUAGCUUGAGGCGCCACCAAAAAGUUCACACGUCUGAAACAAGUGUUCUCAAUCAACUAACUGAUUUGGUAGUUACUAAAGUAGAGGCUCAAAGUGAGAAAUAAUGUACUUCUUUCAUUGGCCCAAAUAAAGUGUUAAAGUUCUAAGCAUAUUUUUUUUUGUGUUCGUAAAUUGAGUAUUACUGAUAUUACACUACAGUACAGUACAGUAACAAUGUGGUUAUUAUUGUUUAGAACUUUUAUUUCAAAACUACCUAAUUCUCAAUUAUACAAGACUAAAUUUAAUAAAGGACACACUCAUUUUUACUGUAUUGAGAGUAAUUUAGUGACUACAGCACUUUGGUAUAGGUUACCUAAUUUAGUAACCAAACGUGUCAUUAGAAAAAUAUAAUAAAAGAAACACGCACUCACGCCUUGUACUAAUGUACUCCCUUGCGGGGUAGGCAGAGGUGCAU